UGAAGAUUUUCGCAUUCCUCAAUUUCUCACACUUUACACACACUUCACACAUACAACGACACACGACCAUCCAUUGUUGCAGGCUUCCACUCCCAACCUGUCAAGAUGGGUGCCCUCAAGUAUGUCGAAGAGCUUCAGAAGAAGAAGCAGUCGGACGUUCUGCGAUUCCUCCUCCGAGUCCGUCGCUGGGAACUCCGUCAAUUGAGAGUCGUCCACCGCGCUUCUCGACCCUCGCGCCCCGACAAGGCCCGCCGCCUCGGAUACAAGGCCAAGCAGGGCUAUGUCAUCUACCGUAUACGUGUCCGCCGCGGUGGCCGUAAGAAGCCAGUACCCAAGGGUGCCACCUUUGGCAAGCCCACCAACCAUGGUGUGAACCAGCUCAAGUACCAGCGAUCCCUCAAGGCCACUGCCGAGGAGCGUGUCGCCCGCUGCUGCUCCAACUUGCGAGUCCUCAACUCGUACUGGAUCAACCAGGACUCGACCUACAAGUACUACGAAGUCAUCCUCGUCGACCCCGAGCACAAGGCCAUCCGCCAGGACCCCCGUAUCAACUGGAUCGUCAACCCCGUGCACAAGCGCCGCGAGGCCCGUGGUCUCACCUCCACCGGCAAGAAGUCACGCGGUCUCAACAAGGGCCACCGCUACAACAAGACCCGCGCCGGUCGCUACAAGACCUGGAAGAGACACAACACUCUCUCCCUGUGGCGUUACCGAUAAGCGUGUGCGCUUAAUGGAAAUGGAAGUGGAGGUAGAGGCGGAAGAAGAAGAAGAUAAGGGACGCGUGACGACGGUUUGGUCGUGCAUGUCGUGGCUACGACAGGGAUUGAGGUUUUUCUUCACGGUCAAUAGGGCAUCCGUCGGGCUCAUGAAUUAUUACGCCUGGAGUUACUUCACGUAGUCUACAUAGGAACAAGAUUCUUGGGACGGAAAAAAAGAUGAUUUGUUUUUUUUCCGGCUUGUUUUACGUUAAUACCCGUGCCUAGAGGUACCUAAUGGUAUACAUAUCUUUCCUAUAUGUGACUAUCCGUUUA